AUUUACUUUUCCCUCUAUCACUUUCCUGUAUGCUUGAUGCAGAAUAUAAAUUUUAAUUGAUUAUUUAAUCUCGUUGAAAUAAUAAUGUAAAUUUAAAGCAUUUCACAAAAUGUAUCACGUGGACCGCCAGGUGACGAGAAGUUGCGAGUGACGUGCAUAUAUAGGUAUAAUGUUUACAUGCAGUCAGUGUCGUACAGUGAGUCGCGUAGUUUCGAUGUUUGAGGUUAGGAAUGAGCUUCAUCUUCGAUCUUGUGAAAAAUGUCUUCCUCAGAAUGUUACAAAUAAUUUGGUUUGGCAAACGCAAAAUCUCGAAUUCUCUGAGUAUAUACGUUAAGACCAACACCGGGAAUACAUUGGCCGUCGAUUUAGAUCCAAAAUGGGAUAUUCGAAACGUGAAAGAAAUUGUUGCUCCGAAAAUGGGCAUCUCGCCAGACGACAUAAAAAUCAUUUUCGCUGGAAAGGAGUUGCACAAUUCUACCAUAAUCGAGGACUGCGACUUGGGUCAGCAGAGUAUUUUGCAUGCAGUUCGUACACCAAAGAGAUUAGAUAAAAAAAAUAUUCUCAACGACAGCAUUAGGGAAUCGAUUUCUGAAUCAGAUUUAGAUGACAGCACAGGUAGCAAGCCGCUGAAUGAAACUUUGACAGACUUGUCUCUGGAAGAAUCCAACGAAGAAGAGCAAAAGAAAGAAAUAAAGACGGAGGGACAAGGUAAAAAAGCUCACUUUUACGUUUACUGCUCGUACCCUUGCAAGUCAGUGGAAUUUGGUAAGCUGAGAGUUCGCUGUCAAGACUGCGGAGGUGGAGCAGUGACCGUAGACAGGGAUCCCCAGUCAUGGCCAGAUGUUUUGUUGCCUAAGAGGAUCACUGCUCACUGUGAAAAUCAAGAUUGCCUGGCACUGGUAAAUCCCGACGAGGAGAUAGAAUCACAAAUACACUAUGCUCAGUUCUUUUUCAAAUGUGCAAAUCAUGCAAGUCUAGGAGAGAAAGAUGAAGCCGUUCCACUGUACUUGAUCAAACCCAAUCUCGCCAAAAUUCCCUGCUUAGCUUGUACGGAUGUCCAAGAGACGGUCCUGGUAUUCCCCUGCGAAGCUGGUCACGUCGCCUGCCUGGACUGCUUCCGCAACUACUGCACGGUUCGACUGCAAGAGCGUCAAUUCGUGUUCGACGAUGAGUCGGGCUACUACACGCUGGCCUGUCCGGCGGGCUGCGCCAACUCCUUCAUUCGUGAAAUCCAUCAUUUUCGCCUACUGCCUCCGGCGCAGUACGACAGAUACCAGCGAUUCGGAACCGAGGAGUACGUCAUAAAAUCCGGAGGACUGCUCUGUCCGCAACCGGACUGUGGGAUGGGUAUCAUACCACCUUCGCCGGGGGACGGGUCCAGCGAGGAGGACUGUCGGAAAAUUCAGUGUAUCGGAGGAUGCGGGUACGUAUUCUGCAGAAGGUGCCUGCAGGGAUUCCACGUGGGCGACUGCGAGAACCAGCCCACCGCGUCGAACCCCAACUCGGCUCGUGACAGCUACGUGGUGGAUCCUCUAAGGGCCAAGGACGCCAAAUGGGACGAGGCCAGCAAGAAGACGAUAAAGAUAUCGACGAAACCCUGCCCGAAGUGCCGAACCCCGACCGAGCGAGACGGUGGCUGCAUGCAUAUGAUUUGCACGAGGGCAGGCUGUGGCUUCCAGUGGUGCUGGGUUUGCCAAGCCCCUUGGACGCGCGACUGCAUGGGCAAUCACUGGUUCGGAUAAUUCGCUCACGGCGAAUUGGCUGCCGCCGACGGCCUUUUUUCACUCUCUCUCUCUCUCUCUCUUGGCGUCGACGGCCUUUUUUUACAUCGCACACCUACGAUUUUGUAAAUAACCAGGCGACUACUAUAUUUUUUCUAGCGAGCGAAAGUUUUCAGUGUUAUACACGUAUACUCGGACGGGCUUGUCGUCGUGUAUAGCGAGGAUUUUUCAGAUGCGAGAAUAAAGUUUUUGUAAGAAUCUGCUCUUUUUA